AUGGUGAGUGCCAAAGCUGUUCAGGUGUCUAAUGCCCUGAACAGUAGCGCAAAAAACACCUGGGGUAUACGUUAUAAUGCGGCACGUUAUAUCUACCUGGGGGCCAUAGAACCUAUUCUUUUGUAUGCUGCACCUAUCUGGGCAGCGGCCACCCAAACUGUGUACAUUCAACGCAAACUCCUAAAGGCACAGAGGAUUGCUGCUCUACGUAUUUGUAGAGCAUACAGAACGGCUCCUACUUCAGCCCUGCUUGUCAUUGCGGGCCUUCUUCCAGUGUAUAUCAAAGCCAGGAUGGCUAUUUUGAACUGGAAUAUCUGUAACAAAAUGAAUGGCAAAGUUUUCAACAGCAGCAAUAGUCAUAAUAACAUCCUCUCUGUUUUUCCGUACCACAUAAAGAGAGACAUCGCCAACUUUGGCAUUGAGCACAAGCUUGCAGAUUCCGACUAUUAUGGAAAUUAUCCUACUCUUCGUGACAACUACUCAAAUGAAAAUGUUGACAGCGACUACUCCAUCUAUACUGAUGGAUCAAAGAAUCUAGCAGAUGUUGGGGCAGCUUUCAUCCUUUACCACCAUAACACCGGUGUCACCCACAGAUCUGCUUUCAAGCUGGGUCCUCACUGCAGUGUGCCGCAGACAGAAAUCCUGGCCAUUGCCAAGGCAAUGGAUCAUAUCUAUUCUGAAUGGUUCCCGCGCAAUAAAACUAUCACCAUUUACACUGACAGUACGACGGCCCUCCAUUCCAUCUUCAGUCCCCAUAAUAAGGGUGACAAUAUCCUGCAAAUCCAUCAUUACCUUAGCACCAAUAGCCACAAUCAUGUGAUUUCUUUUAGGUGGGUCCGGGGACACACUGGUGUACCUGGAAAUGAGGCAGCUGAUCAGCUGGCCAAACAGGCCGCUGCUUCCAGCCUUACUCCUUGCUACAACAAAAUUCCUGCUUCGAAAAUCAGGCAAUGGACUUGGGAAUUCGCUCUUGGUCAAUGGCAGGAAGAAUGGGAUAACGGAUCUACAGGCAGAUUAACGCACACCUUUAUCCCAAGCAUUAAUGAAACACUUAAAUGGAAACACUUCAAGCCAACAUUCUCCAUGACCCAGUUAAUUACUGGACAUGGUAAUUUCAAUAGCUAUUUAAAAAGGUUUCAUCUUAAAAACACAGACAUCUGUCCCUGCAACGGUACUUCAAUCCAAAACAGCCAGCAUUAUCUGUGGGACUGUGAACUUUUUAAACAGGAGAGAGACAGACUCAUGGGGCAUGUGCUCCAUGCUGGAAACAACUGGCCAUGCCCUAACAACAGACUCAUGGAAGACCCGAAUGUUUAUCGACAUCUCAUCAAGUUUCUGGAAACAACAGCAGCACUCAACCCAGCACGCGAUCAGCAGUCUGCUAGUAAUGAUUGA